UGUCCUGAUAAUUAGUUGACAUGCAAAGAAAUCAAGAGACUCCAGGGCAGUCAGGGUCCAAACAAGAGACCAGAGGAAUUAUUGAGAUCAAGCUGGUGGUAAUAGGAGAUGGAAGCUGUGGGAAAACAUCCAUGCUCAUGGUCUUUGCAAAAGGAGAAUUCCCUAAGGUUUAUAACCCAACAGUUUUUGAGAAAUACUUUGCUCCCUUUUGCAUCAGUGACAAGCAAGUCCAUAUCAGUCUUUGGGACACAGCAGGACAGGAAGAUUAUGACAGACUCCGCCCUCUCUCCUAUGAUGGAGCCAAUGCAAUUAUCAUAUGCUAUGAUGUCACCAAUCCCAUCAGCUUCAACAACAUCCUCACAAAGUGGUACCCUGAAGCAAACCAUUUCUGCAAAGGGAUUCCAAUUUUGCUUGUUGGUUGCAAAACUGACCUAAGGAAAGACAAAGUUCUACUAAGGAAAUUACAUCAAAAUCAACUGGAACCCAUCACCUACCAGAAGGGAGAGGCCUUGGCUCAGAAACUCCAUGCAGUUGCAUAUUUUGAGUGUUCAGCCCUCUAUCAUGAAAAUAUUACUGACAUAUUCACAGAGGCUUCAAAAGCAGCUUUGAGUAGGAUGAAGAAAGAACAGCGGAGGCAAAGACUCAAAAGGACCUGUCUCCUUACCUAA